AUGGCUUGUGUAGACUAUCUUCGGAAAAAUAGGGAGAAAUUUGAAGCAUUCAUAGAGGGGCCAUUUGAAGAGUAUUUAAAAUGUUUGGAAAAUCCACAGGAAUGGGUUGGACAAGUAGAAAUAAGUGCCCUUUCUCUUAUGUACAAGAAAGAUUUCAUAAUAUACCAGGAACCAAAUGCUUCUCCUUCACGUGUAACUGAAAAUGGCUUUUCUGAUAAGGUAUUGCUGUGCUUCUCAAAUGGAAACCACUAUGAUAUUGUUUAUCCCAUAGAGUAUUCAGAAAAGGCUGCUCUGUGUCAGU